GUUGAUCAAACAUUACUCCGACAAGUAGAUUUUCGAACGCUUCAAUCCCCCUCUUCGUGUAUAUGUUUAAAUUUUGUUUUUCAUACAUAUACAUAAAAAAGCGAAUUGAAUGACGAAUUAAUUUUUUUUUGUCAAAUUUUUUUUAUAUCUGAGAGGAAUGGAUUUAAUUGUACGUCUAUUAUAAUUUUAAUUAUGUAUGAGCUGGAAACUUUUCUUGGUCUUAAGAGUAAUUAUUUCCGAAAUUUAGAAUGUUAUUGGAAAUAUAAGUAUGUCAAUAUCUCUAUAAAUCUCAUUCGUUACGUAACGGGAUGAUACAUAAUACAAAGGUUAGACUUAUAUGGAUGUGUGUCAUUAAUCGAGUAUAACGCAUAAAAGUGACUUUUAAUUGCUUUCACACGAAAAACCAAUAUGCAUGAAAACGUAAAAAAACCCAGUGGACCUUAUAUAGGUGCUAUUGAUGAGGGAACAAGUAGUGCGAGAUUUUUGGUCUUUGAUGUGUUACACAGGAAGGUAAUUGCUUUGCAUCAGAUCGCACUCAAACAGAAAUAUCCUCAAGAAGGAUGGGUGGAGCAGGAUCCAAAAGAGAUAUUACAAGCUGUCACGGAAUGUAUAGAAGAGACUGUAAAAAAGAUGAAAGACAUGGGCUUAUCGAGUUCGGAUAUUAAAGCUAUUGGGAUUACUAAUCAAAGGGAGACAACAGUAGUUUGGGACAAGGACACUGGAGAGCCUUUGCAUAAUGCAAUUGUAUGGCAUGAUAUGAGAACAACGACAACUUUGGAAGAUGUACUGGAUAACAUUCCUAAUAAAACUAGAAACAAGAAUUAUUUGAAACCUCUAUGCGGUUUACCAGUGUCUCCUUAUUUUAGUGCACUCAAGAUACGCUGGUUGAUGGAUAACAUUCCACGUGUGAAACAAGCAGUGAAUGCAAAAAAGUGUGCUUUUGGAACAAUUGACACAUGGCUUAUUUGGAAUCUUACAAAGGGUCAAUUGCACAUUACGGAUGUAUCAAAUGCAUCUCGCACAAUGCUAAUGAAUAUUGAAACAUUGAAAUGGGAUUCUUACCUAUGCCGCUUCUUCAAUAUUCCACAACAUAUUCUUCCUGAAAUACGAUCCAGUGCAGAAGUCUAUGGCUAUGUUUCAAAUCCUGAAGUACUUGCAGGCAUACCUAUAGCAGGUUGUGUGGGCGAUCAACAGGGAGCUCUUCUUGGUCAACUAUGUUUGAAACCUGGUCAAGCAAAGGCUACAUAUGGUACAGGAUGUUUUCUACUUUAUAAUACAGGAAAUGUAAAAGUCGAUUCAACACAAGGUUUAAUAACCACUAUUGCUUACAAGAUUGCACAAUCUCCAACUGUUUACGCGCUAGAAGGAUCCGUCGCUGUUGCUGGAGCUGCUUUAUCUUGGCUACGAGAUAAUAUACAACUUCUCAAUAAUUUAGCUCAAACGCAGGACAUGGCAGAGCGUGUGAAAUCUUCUGGAGACGUGUACUUUGUGCCAGCUUUUUCAGGACUGUACGCGCCUUAUUGGCAACAAGAUGCGCGCGGAGUGAUUUGCGGUAUUACCGAAGAUACGGAACAGUAUCAUAUCAUACGAGCAGCAUUAGAAGCAGUGUGCUUCCAAACGAGAGAUAUAUUAGAAGCGAUGGAGAAAGAUUCAGAAACGAAGCUGACAAUGCUGCAAGUUGAUGGCGGUAUGACUGUGAACAAUUUGUUAAUGCAGUUACAAGCGGAUUUAACGGGGAUAACUGUUGCGAGACCAAACAUGAUUGAAACAACAGCAUUAGGUGCCGCUAUUUUAGCUGCCGUUGGUGCAAAUUUAAUUGAUAUAAAUAAAAUAGAGACAUCUCAAGUAACCAAAUUUUCACCUGUGAUUAGUGAAAAUGAGAGAGAUCUCAGAUAUUCUAAGUGGAAAAUGGCUAUUGAAAGAUCCAUGAAAUGGGAUUGUUCUACAAGUGUAAUAAAUAAUUGAUCGUACGUAUACAUAUAUUUUUAUAAAAA